CACUGCCGACAGUCCACAAUUUUUGUUUGCAGCGAUCGGUCGUGUUCGGUUUUGUGCUCGGUUGGUUAUUUUGGUUGUUGAGCUAAACGGGCUUUGCAUUGGAUGCCAGAGAGCCAGGAACAGUAAAUGAAGGACGACGAAUAUGGUGAUUGUAACACGUGGUGACUACAUCUGGAUAGAACCCGCAUCGGGGCGGGAAUUCGAUGUGGCCAUUGGAGCACGUGUCAUCUCCGCGGAGGGUCGUCGCAUCCAGGUGCGCGAUGAUGAUGGCGACGAGGUCUGGCUUGCACCGGAGCGUCGCAUCAAGGCGAUGCACGCCUCAUCCGUCCAGGGUGUCGAGGAUAUGAUAUCUCUGGGGGAUCUGCACGAAGCUGGCAUCCUACGUAAUCUGCUCAUACGCUACAAAGAGAAUCUGAUAUAUACAUACACCGGCUCCAUAUUGGUCGCCGUCAAUCCGUAUCAGAUAUUGCCCAUCUACACGGGUGAUCAGAUCAAGCUGUAUAAGGAGCGCAAAAUUGGGGAACUGCCGCCGCAUAUUUUUGCGAUUGGCGACAAUGCGUAUGCGCAUAUGAAGCGUUAUCGCCAGGAUCAGUGCAUUGUGAUAUCUGGCGAGUCGGGAGCUGGCAAAACGGAGAGCACAAAGCUGAUACUACAAUAUUUGGCUGCGAUCAGUGGCAAGCACUCGUGGAUCGAACAGCAAAUUCUGGAGGCGAAUCCCAUACUGGAGGCCUUUGGCAAUGCCAAAACGAUACGCAACGACAAUUCCUCGCGUUUCGGCAAGUACAUUGACAUACACUUCAGCGCCAACGGGGUGAUCGAGGGCGCCAAGAUCGAGCAAUAUCUGUUGGAGAAGUCGCGCAUCGUCUCGCAGAAUCACAGCGAACGCAAUUAUCAUGUCUUCUACUGCAUAUUGGCGGGUCUCUCCGCCGAUGAGAAGAGUCGUCUGGAUUUGGGCGCAGCUGCCGACUACAAAUACUUGACUGGCGGCAAUAGCAUCACGUGCGAGGGACGCGACGAUGCCGCCGAAUUCUCGGACAUACGAUCGGCGAUGAAGGUGCUGCUGUUCUCGGACCAGGAGAUUUGGGAAAUAAUCAAGCUGCUGGCGGCGCUAUUGCAUUGCGGCAAUAUUAAAUAUAAAGCGACCGUUGUGGAUAAUCUGGAUGCAACGGAAAUACCCGAGCAUAUUAAUGUGGAGCGUGUGGCCGGCCUGCUUGGCCUGCCCAUACAGCCAUUAAUUGAUGCACUGACACGCCGGACGCUGUUCGCGCAUGGAGAGACGGUCGUCUCUACGCUGUCCAGGGAUCAGUCGGUCGAUGUGCGUGACGCCUUCGUCAAGGGCAUCUAUGGACGUCUCUUUGUGCAUAUUGUGCGUAAAAUAAACACGGCCAUAUUUAAACCGAAGGCAACAUCACGCAACGCCAUCGGUGUCCUGGACAUAUUUGGCUUCGAGAAUUUCGAUCAGAAUAGUUUUGAACAGUUUUGUAUCAACUAUGCGAACGAGAAUCUGCAGCAAUUCUUUGUACAGCACAUUUUCAAAUUGGAACAGGAGGAAUACAAUCACGAGGCAAUCAACUGGCAGCACAUUGAGUUUGUGGACAAUCAGGAUGCGCUCGAUCUGAUUGCCAUUAAACAGUUGAACAUAAUGGCACUGAUCGAUGAGGAGGCGCGCUUCCCCAAGGGCACCGAUCAGACGAUGCUCGCCAAGCUGCACAAAACGCAUGGGGCGCACAAAAAUUAUUUGAAACCCAAAUCGGAUAUCAAUACAAGUUUCGGCUUAAAUCAUUUUGCUGGCAUUGUUUUCUAUGAUACGCGCGGAUUUCUUGAUAAGAAUCGUGAUACAUUCAGUCCCGAUCUAUUGCAUUUGGUCAGCCAGAGUGGCAAUAAAUUCUUGCGUCAAAUAUUCGCACAGGACAUUGAGAUGGGCGCCGAGACGCGCAAACGUACGCCCACAUUGUCAACACAAUUCCGAAAGAGUCUCGAUGCCCUAAUGAAGACAUUGAGCAGCUGCCAGCCGUUCUUUAUACGCUGCAUUAAGCCCAACGAACUGAAAAAGCCAAUGAUGUUCGAUCGUGGCCUCUGUUGUCGCCAAUUGCGCUACUCUGGCAUGAUGGAGACGAUACGGAUCCGACGUGCCGGCUAUCCCAUACGACACGGUUUUCGGGAAUUCGUUGAACGCUAUCGUUUCCUUAUUGCCGGCGUACCGCCCGCACAUCGUACCGACUGUCUGGCGGCCACGUCACGCAUAUGCGGCAUGGUGCUGGGCAAAUCCGAUUAUCAAUUGGGCCACACCAAGGUCUUUCUGAAGGAUGCGCACGACUUGUAUUUGGAGCAGGAACGCGAUCGUGUGCUAACACGCAAAAUACUAAUACUGCAGCGCAGCAUACGCGGCUGGGUCUAUAGGCGUCGCUAUCUAAGACUGCGCGCCGCUGCGAUCAGUGUCCAGCGCGUGUGGAAGGGCUAUGCCCAGCGGAAACGCUAUCGCAGCAUGCGUGUGGGCUAUAUGCGUCUGCAGGCGCUGAUACGUUCGCGUGUCCUGUCGCAUCGCUUCCGUCAUUUGCGUGGCCAUAUUGUGGGGCUGCAGGCGCACGCUCGCGGCUAUCUGGUGCGCCGUGAAUAUGGUCACAAGAUGUGGGCGGUCAUUAAGAUACAAUCGCAUGUGCGGCGCAUGAUUGCAGUGCGUCGAUAUCGCAAGCUGCGGCUGGAGCAUAAACAGUUUGCCGAAGUGUUGCAGCUGCGCAAACUGGAGGAGCAGGAGCUGUUGCAUCGCGGCAAUAAGCAUGCACGCGAGAUAGCCGAACAGCAUUAUCGGGAUCGAUUGCAUGAGCUGGAGCGUCGGGAGCUGCAGGAGCAGCUCGAGGAUCGUCGUCGCGUUGAGGUCAAAAUGAAUAUUAUCAAUGAUGCGGCCCGCAAACAGGAGGAGCCCGUCGACGAUGGCAAACUGGUUGAGGCCAUGUUCGAUUUUCUGCCCGAUUCAAGCAGCGAUGCACCGACACCACAUGGCGGCCGUGAGACGUCCGUUUUCAAUGAUCUGCCGCAUGCACAGGCCGUCAAUCAGGAGGACAUCAUUGCGCCCAUGCAUAUCUCCGAGGAUGAGGAGGAUCUAUCCGAAUAUAAAUUCCAGAAAUUUGCGGCCACCUAUUUCCAGGGCAAUGUGAAUCAUCAGUAUGCCAAAAAGGCACUGAAGCAUCCGCUCUUGCCGCUUCACACGCAAGGCGAUCAACUGGCCGCACAGGCGUUAUGGAUAACCAUAUUACGUUUUACGGGCGACAUGCAGGAACCUAAAUAUCAUACCAUGGAUCGCAUGGACACCACAUCGGUCAUGUCCAAGGUGACGGCAACACUCGGACGCAAUUUCAUCAGAAGCAAGGAAUUCCAGGAGGCUCAAUUGAUGGGACUCGAUCCGGAGGCGUUUCUCAAGCAAAAACCACGCUCGAUCCGCCACAAGCUGGUCUCGCUCACAUUGAAACGAAAGAACAAACUGGGCGAGGAUGUGCGACGGCGCUUGCAGGAUGAUGAGUAUACGGCGGAUAGCUAUCAGUCGUGGCUGCAAUCGCGUCCGACAUCGAAUCUGGAGAAGCUGCACUUCAUCAUUGGCCAUGGCAUAUUGCGGGCGGAGCUGCGCGAUGAGAUAUACUGCCAGAUAUGCAAGCAGCUGACCAACAAUCCAUUAAAAUCAUCCCAUGCACGCGGCUGGAUAUUGUUGUCGCUAUGCGUCGGCUGCUUUGCGCCAUCGGAGAAGUUUGUUAAUUAUUUGAGGGCGUUCAUUAGGGAGGGCCCGCCCGGUUAUGCGCCGUAUUGUGAGGAGCGUCUGAAGCGCACAUUUAACAAUGGUACACGCAAUCAGCCGCCCUCGUGGCUGGAACUGCAGGCAACCAAAUCCAAGAAGCCCAUCAUGCUGCCCAUCACAUUUAUGGACGGCAACACGAAAACGUUGCUGGCGGAUUCGGCGACAACGGCACGCGAGCUAUGCAAUCAGCUCUCGGAUAAGAUAACGCUCAAGGAUCAGUUCGGAUUCUCGCUCUAUAUUGCGCUCUUCGAUAAGGUCAGCUCGCUGGGCAGCGGCGGUGAUCAUGUGAUGGACGCCAUAUCACAAUGCGAACAGUAUGCCAAGGAGCAGGGCGCCCAGGAGCGUAAUGCACCGUGGCGUCUAUUCUUUCGCAAGGAGAUCUUUGCGCCAUGGCAUGAGCCAACCAAUGAUCAGGUGGCCACAAAUCUCAUCUAUCAGCAGGUUGUGCGUGGCGUUAAAUUUGGCGAAUAUCGCUGCGACAAGGAGGAGGAUCUGGCCAUGAUUGCCGCCCAGCAAUAUUUCAUUGAAUACGGCACAGACAUGUCCAUGGAGCGGCUGUUCACGCUGUUGCCCAAUUUCAUACCCGAUUUCUGUCUCAGUGGCAUUGAUAAGGCCAUUGAGCGCUGGGCAGCGCUGGUGCUGCAGGCCUACAAGAAGUCAUACUAUGUCAAGGAUAAGAUAGCAUCGCUCAAGAUUAAGGAGGAUAUCGUUAGCUAUGCAAAGUAUAAGUGGCCGUUGCUUUUCUCGCGCUUCUAUGAGGCCUAUCGCAAUUCGGGCCCCAAUUUGCCCAAGAACGAUGUGAUCAUAGCGGUCAAUUGGACGGGCGUCUAUGUGGUUGACGAUCAGGAGCAAGUGCUGCUCGAGCUUAGUUUUCCCGAGAUCACAGCUGUUUCCAGCCAGAAGACAAACAAGGUCUUCACCCAGACCUUCAGCCUGUCCACGGUGCGGGGCGAGGAGUUCACAUUCCAGAGUCCCAAUGCGGAGGAUAUACGCGAUCUGGUCGUAUAUUUCUUGGAUGGUCUCAAGAAGCGAUCGAAAUAUGUGAUUGCGCUGCAGGACUAUCGCGCACCUUCGGACGGCACCAGUUUCUUGUCGUUCUUCAAGGGCGAUCUCAUCAUACUGGAGGAUGAGUCGUGCGGCGAGUCGGUGCUCAACAAUGGCUGGUGCAUUGGACGAUGCGAUCGGACACAGGAGCGUGGCGAUUUUCCAGCCGAGACGGUCUAUGUGCUGCCAACGCUGAGUAAACCGCCACAGGACAUAUUGGCAUUGUUUAACAUCGAGGAGGCGCAUCAUGGCCGGCGUCUCAGCAUGGUAUCAAAUGGCGGCGUUGUGGAGCCGCGCGAUCGUCCGCAUACGCUUAUGGAAUAUGCAUUGGAUCAUUUCCGUUUGCCACCAAAGCGCACCAUGUCCAAAACCCUGACGCUCGGCUCGAAGCGCAGCGAGGAGUUGUGGCGGUAUGCCAGGGAUCCGAUCAAGGCGCCGCUGUUGCGCAAGCUGCAGAGCAAGGAGGAGCUGGUCGAGGAGGCGUGCUUCGCCUUUGCUGCCAUACUCAAAUAUAUGGGCGAUUUGCCAUCGAAGCGACCACGCAUGGGCAACGAGAUAACCGAUCACAUAUUCGAUGGUCCGCUCAAGCAUGAGAUAUUGCGCGACGAGAUCUAUUGCCAGCUGAUGAAGCAGCUGACGGACAAUCGCAAUCGGAUGUCCGAGGAGCGUGGCUGGGAGCUAAUGUGGCUGGCAACCGGACUGUUUGCCUGCUCGCAGGGCUUGCUGAAGGAACUGUUGCUAUUUCUGCGUACACGCCGUCAUCCCAUCUCACAGGACUCGAUGCAUCGCCUGCAGAAAACCAUACGCCAUGGACAGCGCAAAUAUCCGCCGCAUCAAGUCGAAGUCGAGGCCAUACAGCACAAGACAACGCAAAUCUUUCACAAGGUCUAUUUCCCGGACGACACCGAUGAGGCCUUCGAAGUGGACUCAUCCACGCGCGCCAAAGACUUUUGCAACAAUAUCUCGCAACGUCUUUCGCUGCGCACCAGCGAGGGCUUCUCCCUGUUUGUGAAAAUCGCUGACAAAGUGAUUUCGGUGCCGGAGGGCGAUUUCUUCUUUGACUUUGUCCGCCAUCUGACCGACUGGAUAAAAAAGGCGCGACCCAUACGCGAGGGCGCCAAUCCGCAGUUCACCUAUCAGGUAUUUUUCAUGAAGAAACUAUGGACGAAUACGGUGCCAGGCAAGGAUCGCAAUGCCGAUCUCAUCUUCCACUAUCACCAAGAGCUGCCCAAGCUCUUGCGCGGCUAUCAUAAGUGCUCGCGCGAAGAGGCCGCCAAAUUGGCCGCACUUGUCUUUCGUGUACGCUUUGGCGAGAACAAACAGGAGCUGCAGGCCAUACCACAAAUGCUGCGCGAACUGAUACCCUCUGAUAUUAUGAAAAUGCAGAGCACCAGCGAAUGGAAGCGCUCCAUUGUUGCCUCAUAUAAUCAGGAUGGCGGCAUGAGCUCCGAGGAUGCCAAAGUUGCAUUCCUAAAGAUCGUUUACAGAUGGCCCACCUUUGGCUCUGCCUUUUUUGAAGUGAAGCAAACCACCGAGCCGAACUAUCCCGAAAUGCUGCUCAUUGCCAUUAACAAGCACGGCGUGAGUCUCAUACAUCCGGUAACAAAGGAUAUACUGGUUACUCAUCCCUUUACACGCAUCUCGAACUGGUCAUCAGGCAAUACAUACUUCCAUAUGACAAUUGGGAAUCUGGUGCGUGGCUCGAAGCUGCUCUGCGAGACAUCUCUCGGCUAUAAGAUGGACGAUCUGCUAACUUCAUAUAUAUCUUUGAUGUUGACCAAUAUGAACAAAAAUCGAACAAUACGAGCUAACUAGUAAAGCUAUCUAAAAAGACUCCCACACACACACACACACACACACACAUAAAUAAUAUAUAUAUAUAUAUAUAUAUAUAUAAUAAUUAUAAAUUAUAAAUGCAAUAAUUUAUAUAACUAGGACCUAUAGUCAAUUACCUAUUGUGCAUUCCUACUUUGAUAACACAUUCGUUUUUGGCUUAUUUAGCUGCUAUAAUUUAUACCAAACCCUGUUUCAUAUUUAUAUAAUGCUUUUCUUUUGUAAAAAUAUGCAAACUUUUGUUUUUAGUAUCUUAUCUCACAUUCCGUUUACUUAAAUUAUUGAUUAAACAUAUCAAGUUGAAGGUCUUACAUAUUAUCCUUAUAGAUAAGCAAUAUUAUCUAUGCAUUUUGCACUCUAUAUAACUUUAUGUAUAUCUCAACUGCAUAUCUGUACUGAUGACGUUUUGUAUCAAAUACAUAGAAAUGUUCAAUUAUUUAAUAAAUUA